AUGUCGUAUCCGACAUCCCAGGGAGAGGAGGCAUCCAAAGAAGCCGGGGACAACACACGGAUGUUGCCAUCCACGGGACAAGAACGAAACACGGAACAUUCCGGCGUCUCACAGGACGAAGAGGAGGAGGAGGAGCAGCAGCCACAACGACACGAACCCGCGGCGUCCAUCCUUCAUGAGGAUGCACAUGAGACUCCAGACGCGGACCACGACGGCGAAAUGGAGUGUUGGAUAUGUCGUUCUGGGGGAGGUACCACCCAAAACCCCUUGAUCACGAGUGUGUGCAAAUGUCGCGGAUCCGUUGGCUGGGUUCACCGUGAAUGCAUUGACGCCUGGGUGUUUUCGCGGCGUCGCGCCAGCUGCCCAAGCUGUGGAGCAACUUAUAAUAUUCUUGCGAUCAGUGAUGUAAGUUUGCCGCAGACAUUUUUUGAACAGUUGUGCUUUUUCUUUUGGGAUUUGAUUUUGCCCCUCUCUGCCAAGGCUCUGGCACUCCUGCUUGGCAUCGCGCUGAACGGUUUUGUGGUACCGUGUAUUAUUGGCGUCACGUUUUAUCACAAGUGCUUUUUUGUUAACAAUGGUGAUGCCGCAACGAGAACCAGUGAAUAUUCAAGCAAUAGCAGUGAAACUGCUUUGUUGCAGGGUCCAGAGGAUGGCGCUUCAACAUUCCUUGAUGUUUGGCUGUGGAUUAACGUUAUGGCGUACGGUUGGAUUUGUGUCACGUUAUGGCGAUGUACAAAGACAGGGUGGUGCCAGUGGCGUGCCUUUUUUGAAGACACAGAUGCGAUGUUUGCCACGGCGACGGAAGAGGUACAUGAGGAAGAAGAAGACGACGAUGAGGAGGAGGAUGAGGAUGAGGAUGAGGAAGACGACGAAGAUGAGGAAGAGGGCCCCAGACUGCAACCCAACACGGUAGUGGGGACGUUACAUUGGAUUUUGGACUGGUCCUUGGAGCGUACGGGUAGCUCGCAAAAGAUGCUACGUCCACGGAUAUUAGAGCUUGGGACACUCGUGCCUCUUUCAUUUCUUGUGAAUUUCUCUCUUGGGAAGCUACUGCUCUGCCUAAUUCUGGUGUUGGGUCUGGUUCUUAGGCGUCUUCUAUAUCCGAGGAAACGAAUUCAUGAUCCGACCCGUCGUUUUGCAGAGGCGCAAGAGAGGAAAACAGGUGCGACGGAAAUUGACAUUGCCUUAUGGUUUAUUACUUACCUCUCUGAGUUGGUGUUGUUUUCAAUUCUGAUGACCACCUGUGGAGGCAUCGUUGUGCACUUUGCCUUAUCCCCGUACUUUCUAACGUUUCCGGCAUCGUUGUCGGCAUUCGCUGGUGAACUGACACUUACACGACUUCUGGCUUAUUGGUUAGUAGGGAGCUUCUGUUCCAUGAUUUUGCUGCAUGUGGAGACAGCCAUCAUCGUCCCCCUCUUUGCUCCGGGCGUUGAGUUAUAUUUUGUUCGUAGUGUGGACCUGAACCUGGAGGAUGAUACAGCCUACUGGAAAUUUGUCUUGGCCCAGGUCUUUGAUACUGACCCGCUUGGUGUCUCCCUUGAUUUUAUCCGCUUUUGUUGCAUUGAAAUGACACUCUUGUACGUCUUUUUGGCGACUCCAAUUUACGUUAUGUUUGCCGCACAUGAGGUGAUGAUAAAGGAUGGAGCAAAUAGUACCCUCACGCCGCCGCUCGCCCCUGGAUUUCCCGUGAUCAUGGUGACACCAGCAGUCGAUGGAAUCAGUGCGUGGUUAGAAUCCUAUCUUGCCCCGGAAAAGAGUCGGUUGUUGGAAAGUUAUUAUCAAUUCUUCUUUUUUCUCAUAGAGUUGCUGGGAAGUUGUUUUGCGCGUUUCUCGCUGGGUGUGAUACUGUGGUUCACGAGGAACCCUUACUGGUUGAGGUGUGUGGCAAACACAUUAAUUGUUUUUGGCACAGGGACGGCUAUAGUCUGUGUGAGGUUAUUCCCUAUCAAACACAUGCAGUUGAAGGUUCUCCGGCAUGUUGUAAUGUUUAUCGGGCGUCAUGUUGUUCACUUGGAGGAUUAUCUUUUCGACAAGGAGCGUCUCUCUCUUCUUGACAGCUGGUUGCGUGGCGAUGGUCAGUCCGAUAUCCCUUUGCCGGAGGCGCGUCUGCCGUCGGUAUUCAGGCGUCGGGAGUGGGCCUUGCCGCCGGGAACCGCGCACCCGAAGUAUCUGAAGUUGCGUGUUGCUCUUUUCUCGUUUUUGUUUUUUGUCACCUCUAGUGCGCUGUUUUGGAUAAUCCCCAUGGCAGUGAUGACGCCGCUCCUAACGGUCUUGCCGUACUCGGUGCCGCUCUUAUGUCUCUCUGCGAAUAUUGUUUUCUUUGUAUUUAACCCAAAGAUGUAUUUUACCGCGGCCGCCGAGUUCAUGCUACUGUGCAUCAUCUUUGUUAUUGGUGUUCUUCUGCAGCCGCUGUUUUUUUGUGCCUCGCUGAGGAAUAUCUCGAGGCUGCAGCUCAUUCAGGAAACAAUGGAGUACUACCACAAGCUGAGGCGUACUGUGGGAGUAUACAACGGGGAGGCAAUGGAAGCCGCGUAG